GAUUUACAUUCUGUACUUUCCCAGGAGAAUAUUUUACUCACUACUGGUUUGAGAAACAGUCACACAACCAAAAAUAUCCAACCAACAGAACUCCUGUAAUCAGAAACCUGCAAGGUCGACCAACCAUGUAUUGUUUGCUAGUGACUAGAAGGUUGUGAGUUCGUAAGACUGAGACUGCCAUAGGGUUAUGGUUUAACCCUAAACUGCUGAGCUAUGAGCUUGGAUUGCACUGUGAGGCUCAGAUAGCAGCAGUGCAGACCUUCUGGAGCUGAAAGCCUCUAAGUACUGCCCCUGAGCAGGUCAUGCUCCUCAUAGAGUGGCAUGUGGAGGGCCGGGGCCAGAAAUCCAGCCCCCCUGUAGCCCAAGAUGAUGAUGUUUACCACCCAGAUGGCCACUGUCUGUUCACACAUUUUCCUGUGUCUUUACCCCAUGACAGAUGGACACUUGGUCUGAUGAUCAAGUCACCAUCGUCCUUUCCAAAUCCUACCAUCAGGCUUGUACUGGGCAUAGCAAGGAAUGCUCAGCAGGUUCUGCUUCAUGGAAUGGAAAUACACUAUAUGGCCAAAAGUUUGUUGACACCUUACCAUCACACUCAUAUGUGUUUUUUGAACAUUCCAUGACACAUUUAUCCCCUCCUUUUUGCUUUUAUAUAUCCCACACUCUUCUGGGUAGGGUUUCCAAUAGAUUUUGGAGUGUGGCUGUGGGGAUUUGCUCAUUUAACCACAAGAGCAUUAGCUGUAAUAUGUUUGGGCCCCUUAGUUCCAGUGAAGGAAAAUCUUAAUGCUACAGCAUACAAAGACAUCCUAUAUUGUGUGCUGAACAUUUUGUGGCAGCAGAUUUUGGGAAGACUCACAUAUGGGUAUGAUGGUCAGAUGUCCACAAACCUUUGGCCAUGCAGAGUAGAUUGAUUAACAAAAGUGGGUGAUAUGACAUUGGGCAGAAACACAAGGUUCAAGGUCACAUGACAAACUAAUUACCAAGGCAUGCAGUUUUACCACAUAAGGAGGGGCCUUAAGGGACUCCAGCACAAAGGCAGUGCUCACACGCUGGGCUCUUGAGGAACUGCGGCAGACACCUCACCCCUUUCAGAAAGGUUAUAAUAAUUUACUGAGCCUCAAGAAAGAUGCCAUUGAUGGUGUUGUGAUGCACCACAAUGGCUGUGAAUGGGAACUUACCCCUGUCAGAGUAGUUCCUGAAGAAAGGUUAGCUGGAGGGAGAAUUAGCUUUUGGGCUAUAAGGAAUACUCUGAUAAAGAGCAUGAGCCUCCACUGUGUGUGGCUUGAAUUCCAGGAGGAACAAAUUCAGUGGAGCCACAUCUGAAGGCAAGUCAUCUACACACCUACAACGAGAUUCCAAUCGCUUUCUUGGGUGAGUCAUUGUUUGGUAUGGAUGUUUUUUAUUCUACAGGGAUGUUUAUGACUUUUUUGAUUAGCAGGUUGUUUAGGCUCUGGCAUUUGGGCCAGGUUCACCUCCAAAUAAGGGUCUAAAUCUGCUAGCUUUUUGUGCCCUAUUGUUCAGUCAGCACAGGGGGUGUCAGGACCUGAACUGCUUCAUAGACACCAUGCAAUGUGGAAUAACUCAGAUUGUUGAGAGAAGAUGCAGGUAAGUGAGAGGUAAGUGUCAUGAUGAACAACAGAACAAUUUGUAGCUAACUCAGUGUUGGAGUGAUACAUAACAUGGCUAGCAAGAAAACAAGAGAACACAACUCAGGCUAGUCACUGUGGCCAUGAAUAGAUGAAAGGAGAUGGUAGGAGUCUAUUAGCAGCUUUGUAGGACAGGUUAUCUGUAGCUCCGACCGUAGUUACAAGUGCACACAAGGUCUAUCUUGUGUGAGGCGAGAAGAGGAAAGGUUACAAUGGCUGUAUACAACAGUAUUUAUAUGAAAUGCUACAUCAUACUGUCUCUUUGUGACUUUGUUAAUGGUUUCGACAUGUGCACAGGAAGGUAUCCAGGUAAUUCUCCCACCAGCCAACAUGUUGCAGUUUUUCCUUUCACCUGACGGUGGCAGCAGACUGUGUUAACACAGUUAGCUAAGUUGUAAGAGCCUUUUUUCACUGCCUACACCUGCAAAUUAAUUUACUGAAAGACAUUUAGGUAUGGCUACAGACAAAAUGCACAAAGUGAGAAGAGGUGAUUACAAAAGAGCUGAAAACACGAAUACUUUUUCUUCAAGAGCCAUAGCUAAUGCGUGUGCCUCAUAAGUCAAGAGACUUGCAGUAAUUAAGGAAUUUUAUAUCAUGAGGCGUUAUGAAAUAAAUUAUGGGCAUUGAAGGAAAUAUUCAGAGGAUGAGAGGGCAGAGAAACUGAAGGAGCUGGAAGCUAUCUUUGCAGAAGUAAUUUUUUUAGCAGGGCAAACUGGGGCACAGAACAUUACUAGAGCUAAUAAAUGGGGAUGAUUACAACCACUAAGCAUGGAAAACCUUUCAUGAAUUCUUGAAAGAGGCCUUAACUAAAAUGAAUUUGCAGCCAAGUAUUAAAAAAAACGACAAUUUAAUUUAUGAUCAUGUUAGUUUGUCCAAUUAGAAGAAGCCUUUAUUUGUCACAUGUACAUUAUAGCACAGUGAAAUUCUUUUCUUUGCAUAUCCCAGCUUGUUAGGAAGUUGGGGUCAGAGCGCAGGGUCAGCCAUGAAACUGCGUCCCUGGAGCAGAGAGGGCACAACAGUAGCUCACCCCCAUCUUCUGAUCAAUAACCCAAAGAGUUAACCUUUGAGCCACCACAGCCCUCAAUUGCUAUUGGUAUCAUAACUAUGGUGUUUGGGGGGAGGGCGGGCGGACGAGCAGCAGGAGUAAUUUGUGGGUAUUCACAAUUAGGAUGUUUUGCUGUUUAUACAGAUCUGGGUGCAAUUGCAUGUCAAUGUAGUUUGAUCGUAAAUGUGUAUCGUAACAUCAACUGUGUUCUCUCGAUUGCCCAAGACAAAUUUCUCCUAAAGGAGACAAUAAAGGCUAAUCUAAUCUAAGGAUGUUGUUGUUCCUUUUUUGGCUGAUCACAUUAGGGGUCAGGGAUUAUUGGUCCGCGUAUUCGAUUUGGCACAGUUUUUACGCCGGAUGCCCUUCCUGACGCAACCCUCUCCAAUUUUAUCCGGGCUUGGGACCGGCACUGAGAGCGCACUGUUGUACGCAACCCCAGUGGCUGGGGUCGGUUCCCUGGCCAGGAAUCGAAUCCAGGCCGCAGUGGUGAGAGCACUGUGGCCUAACCACCAGUCCUUCAGGAACCUAAUCUAAUUGUGUAAUCUGGCCCUCUUUGAGAAAAGUUUGGACACCCCUCAUGUAAGAUGUCGCUUAAUGAUUCUCCACACCAGCAGAUGUCAGUACAAGGACAAUAUUCGGCACCUUCAAUAAAAGACCUGCAGUCUGAGUGCUGGAUCAUCUCUCUAUGUAUGUUGUCUUGAGAAUUAAAUGCAAAAUCUACAGCCAGUUUACUCUGAAGGCGUAGUACAUCAACGAGACGGAAAAAUGUCCGACACCCUCAUCGUCACCUUCCAGUCCCAGCUCUCUAUCGUCAUGGAGACGAUUCUCAAGUCAGCCAUGAUUGAGAUCACCAGGCUGGUGGAGGACAGCUUCAUGGAGGAAGUGGCUCGUGGCAAGCAGGAGGUGGAACUGCUUCUGCGCAGGCUGCAGUUUUCUGAGAGCAAACUGAAGGAGAGAGAGAAGAGGGUACGAUGUACAGACUGUGGGAGAGUCACAGCAGGUGGAGAGAAGACUACAGAGAAACCAGCAGAGACACUCACAGGUGAAGAUGCCCUGUGCUUCAGGCUUAGCCUGAGGGAGCAGUCUGAGAAAAGGCCUCAGUUCAGUGAAGUCUGGAGGUCUACAGAGAGUCUGGGCUCAUACAGAACUACAGAAACACACAGUGACAAAGAGAAGAACAUAAAUGCGCUUGAAAAAAGAGGGAAGCAGGAGUCUACAUCUAAUACUGAAGUCCAGCAUCCUCAGUGCAUCAGUGCAGCAGUCCCAAGGACCCACGAGGCUUGUAGCAACCCCAAACCCAGAGAAAGUCACUGCGAGACACCUGUCAUGGACUUCACUCCCAGUAAAGACAUAGACUUGGCCCAGUCUCGAACCAUACAAAGUGCUACAGAGGAAGACGUGGUCGGUGAGUUGGCACUGUCUCCAUCCUAUCCCACUGUGAAAUCUGAGCACCAUCCUGAUCCGGUUGCUAUUAAAGAAGAGGAGGAGAUGCUCCCAGUGUGGGAUUGCGGAGAUGACUGCGCUUCUGCAGAAACAGACCAGAAUCACCCCGGAUCCUGGAAUCGAGAUGAAACACAGGUAGAUAAAUUUCCAAAUCUAACUGCUCUCAACAUGCCAGAUCCAUCAUCACAUUUAAUGUCCUAUUCAGUGAAUUGUAACACAGAGGUAUCACAAGGCAUCAAGGCUGAGCCUAGUGAGUCAAUCUCCACAGAGCUGGUUCACCUUGCUUUGGCUCCCAUGCCUGAGGGAUCCAGUUCAUUUGACCAUAAUGAAAAUGGACACUUGUUUGGUCCAGAAAGUCUUUUGAAUCAUCCAGAGCUUUGUCUAGGUGAGAAACUUUUCCUCCCUUUCCCCCAAAGCGAACACCUUCCAAUUCCCACUGAAAAGCCACACUGUGGAAAAUCAUUUGCUCAAGUGGCUCAGCUGAAGGUUCACAUGCUCACACACCAAGCGAGCAAACCCCUGAAGUGUCCCCAGUGUGCCAAAACAUUCGCUCGCGAUUUUGAGCUGAAGGACCACCAGAAGCAGCACUCCAAAGAAAGGCCUCACGUCUGCCCAGACUGUGGCAAAGGCUUCACCCGCUUCAGCAACUUCAAGCAGCAUCAGAACAUCCACACGCGCGAGAAACUGUUCAACUGCACCCACUGCGGCAUGAGGUUCAAAAGAUCCACUCACUUGAGAAUCCACCUCAGGAGACACAGCCGAGUGGGGAAGAGUUGUCCUUGCCGUCAGUGCGGGAAGACGUUCGUGUGUCUCAAGCAGCUGAAGGGCCAUCUGCUGAAAGUGCAUGGAACGGAAAUGAACUGAAUUGCACGUUCCAGUCCACAGAUCUCAGAAUGCAUGACCUGAACAAUCCCUUCAGUCUUUCUGUCUGAGCUUACCCACGCUUCAGUUUAAUGUCUCAAAACGAGCAAUUACACAAACACAGAGUAGGUGCAGAAUUCUGAUGUAAUUCAAAAAGAUGAUGCUUUAAAACUUCCUUUCUGAAUGCUUAAAAAUUAUACCUAAAAAUAGUUUCACCUUUAGGAAUUAAAAGCGCUAAGUAUAAUCACAUGAAAAGCCUGAUGUUAUUUGUGUUCUGAAGAAUUUCACUUUGAGAACACCUGGUUUGUUCUGUGAGCAGGGACUUUCACCAUGAAAGUACACUCUGAAAAUUAGAGGGGCCAGAAGUGUUUCUUUAACUUUUUUUGCAACCAGGGAAAAAUCCCUCGACACAGAUUUUAAAUGUGUACAAUAAUUAACUCAUUCAUCUUCAGUAAUCUUCAGAUCCAAAGCCUGACCUGAAAACACUGGGCAUGAGGCAGGAAUACACCCUGGAUGGGAUGCCAAUCCAUCACAGGACACCAUGCACACACACUUUCACACCUAGUGGCAAUUUAGAGUUGCCAGUCCACCUGCUGGCAUGUUUUUGGGAGGUGAGAAGAAACCGCAGGAAACCCAAACGGACACGGGGUGAACAUGUGAGACUCCACACAGACAGUAACCUGAGCACCAUCAACCGAGGACCCUGGAUGUGUCAGAUGGCAAGGCUACCCACUGUGUGCAAUAAUAUUUGACUCUGUUGGAACUAUAAAGCUUUUAAUUUGUGAACUUUCCACUACAACACAUUUUUAUUUCCACCCUACUGGCUUUUGAGUUAUUAAACCCACUGAAUUCAAGUGACCAGUCAAACAGACUAAUAGCUAUAAGAAAGCGAUUACUUUAUAAUGGUAGGUUGUGAUUUUCACAGCAGUAACCAAAUGUAAAAAGUCGUGGACCCCCUGAAUGUGCUUCCCAGACCACUGGACUUUCCACAGACCCCACCUUGAAAACCAUGGCUUUAGAGUAAUGGACCAUAAAAGAACCAUUUUAUUUCCUUAAAGACCCUUUUGGUCCACGAGUCUAUAGACAUUUUUGUAAACUGAAUAAUUAUUUUUCCUCCACAAAUUUCAAUCUUCGUAAUGCUAGCAUUUCAGAUGGGAUUUUUUUUUUUUUUUAGUUUUCCAUAGCACUAACCCAAAUGGUUCUUCAAUGGCAUCACUCUAAAGAGCCUUUCCCAACACCUUUAUUUUUAAGACUGUAUCAAGUGUGAAAUUAUUCUAACCAUUGACCUCUAUUCUGUUGGAGGAUGCUUUUAACUGAAGCAACUUUAUGAAGCAGAGUACAGUCCAGAAUAAAGCUUGUAGAGGAGCUGACAGUGAUAGAAAUGCUGCGAUAUAGGUUUUCACCAAGUGAACAGAAACAAAUGUGCGCUAGAUGUAGGAAGAGCCGAGAGAAUCACGGCUAAUUACACCCACAGACACAGGACUCCUGCAAAGACAUAAAUCAGAGGCAGAUUAGAGCUCAGGGUGUUCACAAGUGCUCUCAGAAGAUAAUAAUAUUAUUAAUAUUAAUAAUAAUCAUCUGCCAGGUAGCAUGGGAAUCUGCAGAGUGAAUAUCAUGAUGAACUAUGUUGUGUUCCUGAAACCUUACAGCAGAAAGUGGAUCAGUUCUCUUUUAACUGUUCAUGUAAUGCUUUUUCUUUUCUUUUCUUUCUUGAGGUGGGUUUUCAAAUAAUUCUGAAGAUGGAGCACAGAGAUAAAUCUAGGGCUGCACAAUUAAUAUGACCACCAUUUUUGGCUUUUUCAAUAAAAUAUAAUCAACUGGUGAGCUUAGAUUAAAAUGAUCUCAUUGGUUAACAUUAGUUAAUUAAAUAUCAGGUUGUUUUUUUUUUUUUUUUUUAAAGGUAAUGUGUUUUAACUGCCUGUAUGGUUGCAUGCUGUGAUGGCAUAUUUAUGUAUCCAUUUAUUUUGAGGCUGAUUGUGUUUCUUCAUUGCAUUAAAAAAAGAAGCACUUGAUUACUGUAACUGUUACUGAUUAAAAGAACAGUCUUGUUUUGAAUUUAGAGAUGUGAAGGAAUAAGAUUAUAUUGUACAUUAUGAAACUUUUUUUGUUGUUGAUUUAAAUGAGAAUCUAAUAAAUUGUAAUAAAGCUAUUUUGCUCCUAAAUUGGCUGAAUAACUGUGAUAACAAGCAGGAUUUCAACAAAGAGUAAAAUAACUGAUCAGGUUUGUAAUGUAGUCGUUAUCGUGCAGCCCUAGCUAAACUCCAUUAAGCACCAAUGGUGUGUUUUGUGGAAUUAAACUGCAAGUAAACUGAUUAAAAGGAACUUGGCUGAACAGCAAACUGCUGAAGUCUGUUUGCACCCAUUAGGAUGGUAAUGCUGAGGAAUUAAGAGGCAGCCCAUUUUAGUUUAAGACUACGCUUAAUUAAGAUGAGGCUAACAUUCUUCUACCUAAAAUCUGCUGCAGAAUCUCCGCAAACAUAGUAAAGUCAAAUAAAAUAUUGGAAUAUUUGAACACAGUCAAAUGAAUAUACUUGUUCUUUUGGGUGAUAUUUGACCUUGGUGUUUUUACAGUGAUACUCUUUUCACAUCUAUUUGAGAAAAGAUGCUUUUGUUUUAUCCGUAUUUAAUGGCUCAACGUUUGCAGUGUUUUUAAGCUCACUGGAGAUUCUCCUUUCACUGAACAAAGAAAGCAGAGUGAAUCAGGUUGUUGUAAUAUUCUGUGCCUUGCACUGCAGCAACAGCAGGAGACACUAAUGCACUUCAGACUUUCUAGACUCCAUUCAUUAGAUUCCUGCAGUCUGUCGUUUAUCUGUGAGUUUUUCUCCUCUCCUGUGUUCACCGUCUCACCAAGUGACUGACCUUCAUGUGAAUAGAAAUUUUAAAAAAAUGUUUUUUUUUAUCUUAUUAUUUGCCUCAGCCUCCUGCCUGGUCCAUCCUCCUCAAGGCACAAAAGCAUGUUUUAUGAUCGAUAAUUCCGAUUUCUCUGAGUUUUCCUCAGUCACGACUCAUGAGAAGGCUUUGAAACAUCAUUCAAGUGACAAAACUUUUGAAAGGUUCUCAAAAGUGCCUGGAUGUUGUUAGGGAAUGUACCAGAAUCGAAUACUGACUCAGUUUUGUGUGUGUGUGUGUG